AUGGAUGUUGUGUUUGCUGCUAAUGCUAUCAUCAUUUUUAGCAUCACCAUAUUGUUGAGUAAUGUAGUUGUAGCUAAUGCUUCAAACUCGAGCAGAGAAGCGUUGAUGGAUUUCGGUUGGCCUUAUAUCAACUCUACUGCUCAUCACUGCAACUGGAAAGGCAUCACUUGCGAUGAUCAUGGCCGCGUUACAGAGUUAAGCCUGCAAACUCAUGUAGGUUACCUCUCCAACUUGUCUCAUUAUCUUCUUGGUUCUGAGUUGCCUCCUUCAUUGGUAAAUCUGAGUAAGUUGAAUGUGCUUGACAUUUCUGAUAACAAUUACAUUUAUGGUGUCAUUCCACCUAACAUAGGAAGCUUAUCCAAGCUACUGUAUCUCAAUUUGUCUCAUAAUCAACUCAGGACGACGCUGCCUCUUUCACUGCCAAAUCUCACAAACUUAGAGGUGCUUCACAUUUCUGUUAAUAGUUUUUUUGGUGUCAUUCCCUCUGGAAUAUGGGGAAAGAAAGAAGUCCCCUCAGUCACACCUCAUCUCAAACAUGGAGACAUAUUCAAGAUGUGGAACUUCGAUGGCAACAUCGCCUACCAAGACAUCACUGAAGCAACGAAAGACUUUGACUUCAAAUACUGCAUCGGAACUGGUGGCUACGGGAGCGUCUACAGAGCUCAACUUCCCACUGGAAAAGUUGUUGCUAUUAAGAAGCUUCACAGAUUUGAAGAAGAUAAUCCUGUUUUUUAUUCCUCUUUUAGGAAUGAAGCCAUUGUUCUUUCUCAGAUACGCCAUCGACAUAUUGUCAAGCUUUUUGGCUUUUGUCUGCACAAACAAAGCAUGUUUCUCAUCUACGACUACAUGGAACGAUGA